CCAGGAUGUAGCCACAGGCUGGAAUUCAACACUGGAGAUGAUAAAGCGUAUCCAGCACAACAAAGAGCCACUAAAGGCAACACUUGCCCAGCAGAAGCACAACUUGGCCACGCUAACCUCUGCUGAAUAUGACCGGCUAGCAAAUUUGGAAACACUGCUGGAGCCAUGCAGGUAUGUUACUGAGCUCUUGGGGGGUGACAAAUAUGUUUCCUGCUCUGUGGUCCUGCCUGCACUCUGCCACCUUCUGCGUACAAUGGAGAUUUCAGAUGUUGACCCUGCCUACAUAGUGCGCUUCAAGGCUGCAUUCAAAGGGGACCUCAACACACGAAAGGAGAACACAAACCUGUCAUGGUUAAAGCUAGCAACAGCUCUAGAUCCCAGAUUCAAGGACCUCAGGUGCCUGCCCAAAGCAGAGAGGGAAGAGGUGUGGCAAAAGCUGAGUCAGAUGCUGAAGGACAGAGAUACUGAAUCACAGCCCUGCAGCGAUGAAAUGGAACCAGAACCACCAAAGAAGAAAGUGGCUCUCCUACUGUUGGGGUCAGAGUCAGAGUCUGAUGAGGAUGCAAAUUUUAAUGACAAAACUCUGGACAGGUACAGGGCAGAGCCCAGUGUCAGCAUAGACACAUGUCCACUUCAGUGGUGGUCAGCGCACACUGGUACCCAUGGCAGGCUGGCACAGCUUGCACAAAAGUACUUGGCCACACCUGCCUCAACAGUGCCAUGUGAGAGACUAUUUUCUUUGGCAGGCCACGUUGUACAGAAGAAAAGGUCAGCUUUGUCAUCUGAAAAUGUCAACAAGCUAGUUUGCCUGAGUAACUGGUUAAAAGAAAAGUAGACG